UAAUUUCCUUGUUCUCUGUAAUAUCGUAUAGAUUUGGAAUCGGGACAUUAUUUACUGCGGAGGAAAAUAUGCAGGUUUCUCGACUCAUUCCCGGACUAUGAGAAAGGAUUGAGUGACGAUUCGUUUAGCAACCUUGUGACCCAGCAUGACACCGUGAACAAGAUUGGUCGACCGUCUGCUGGGAUAUCAUUUAUAUAACAAGUUGUCUGAUAAAGGAGCAAUAGCUUCCUCAAUGGAUCCGGACAAAGCUAUUCCGUUCCCCUCCACCCUCCCGGAGUCCCCAGGUCAAACGUCUCCCGGGACCGCUUUACUGCUGGGUCUGGUUGACUGCAGGAAAACACCAGGGCAGAGAGGAGAAGAAGAAGAGAAGGAAGAUGGAGAUUUGAUUUCAUUAAGUAAGAACCAUGGGGACAGCCCUAACCGUUGCUCUCUCAGCGGGAGAGGCUUGUCAUCUGGGGAGCCUCGACAACAUCGUGAUGCUGACAAGACAGAGAAGAGUCUCUCCAGAUCAGGACGUUUCAAUAAACACCGGCAUAGAGGUAUAGGGAAGAAACCUCACCACUGCUGCUUUGACUGGGGGAAGAGUUUUGCUAAACAGAGGGAAUUGAUCAUUUACCAGCAGCGUAACACUGGAGAGAAACCGUACCACUGCUCUCAGUGCGGGAAGAGUUUAGCUGCAUCUAAAACCUUAAAAUCUCAGAGAAUUCAUACAGGGGAGAGGCCUUACCCCUGCUUUGAUUGUGGGAUGACCUUCAGUCAAUCAAGGGCCCUGACAACACACCAACGCAUACACACAGGAGAGAAGCCUUACAGCUGUGAUCAGUGUGGGAAGAGCUUCAGGAACUCAGGACACUUGACUAGACACAAACACAUACACACAGGAGAGAAGCCUUACAGCUGUGAUCAGUGUGGGAAGAGCUUCCGGAAGUCAGGACACCUGACUAGACACCAACGCAUACACACAGGAGAGAAGCCUUACAGCUGUGAUCAGUGUGGAAAGAGCUUCAAUCAAUCAGGAGAUCUGACAACACACCAACGCAUACACACAGGAGAGAAGCCUUAUAGCUGUGAUCAGUGUGGGAAGAGCUUCAAGAACUCAGGACACCUGACUUGUCACAAACGCAUACACACAGGAGAGAAGCCUUAUAGCUGUGAAGAGUGUGGGAAGAGCUUUUCACUGUCCGGAACUCUGACUACACACAAACGCAUACACACAGGAGAGAAGCCUUAUAGCUGUGAUCAGUGUGGGAAGAGCUUCAAUCAUUCAGGAUCCCUGAUUACACAUCAAUACAUACACACAGGAGAGAAGCCUUAUAGCUGUGAUCAGUGUGGGAAGAGCUUCAAUCAUUCAGGAAAUCUGACUUCACACCAACGCAUACAUACAGGAGAGAAGCCUUAUAUCUGUAUUCAGUGUGGGAAGAGCUUCAGGAAGUCAGGACACCUGACUGAACACCAGUGCAAACACACAGGAGAGACGUAUUAUAGCUGUGAUCAGUGUGGGAAGAGCUUCAAUCAAUUAGGAGACCUGACUAAACACCAACGCAUACACACAGGAGAGAAGCCUUAUAGCUGUGAUCAGUGUGGGAAGAGCUUCAAUCAUUCAGGAUCCCUGACUCUACACCAACGCAUACACACAGGAGAGAAGCCUUAUAGCUGUGAUCAGUGUGGGAAGAGCUUCAAUCAUUCAGGAUCCCUGACUCUACACCAACGCAUACACACAGGAGAGAAGCCUUAUAGCUGUUAUCAUUGUGGGAAGAGCUUCAGUAACUCAGGACACCUGACUGCACACCAGCGCACACACACAGGAGAGAAGCCUUAUAGCUGUGAUCAGUGUGGGAAGAGCUUCAAUCAAUCAGGAGUCCUGACUAAACACCAACGCAUACACACAGGAGAGAAGCCUUAUAGCUGUGAUCAGUGUGGGAAGAGCUUCAAUCAAUCAGGAUACCUAACUAUACACCAACGAAUACACACAGGAGAGAAGCCUUAUAGCUGUGAUCAGUGUGGGAAGGGUUUUGCUCAAGAUUCCACCCUGACUGCACACCAACGCAUACACACAGGUGAGAAGCCUUAUAGCUGUGAUCAGUGUGGGAAGAGCUUCAAUCAAUCAGGAUCCCUAACUAUACACCAACGAAUACACACUGGAGAGAGACCUUAUAGCUGUGAUCAGUGUGGGAAGAGUUUUGCUCUAGAUUUCAAUCUGACAACACACCAGCGAAUACACACUGGAGAGAAACCUUACUCCUGUCUAUGUGGAAAGAGCUUUGCUCAUUCAGGGUCACUGAAAAAACACCAGAAAUCACAAACAUGUCGUCUUUCAUCUCCCUCCUCUCCGGCACCGUUUCCAGAUCCCUAAAUAAAGUUUCAAUAGAAAGCAUCUUGUAAAGAGUCAUCCAUUUCCCAUUCUCUAACUAAGUCUGAUUACCAUGGUAACCUGUGUCGCAUAAUAUGCAGCUCUGGAUCCAUAUGUAUCAAGCGUCUUGGAGUAGGAGUGCUGUGUGUGUGGUGGGGUUCAGAGCUGUAUCUUAUUUCAUCAACUCCUGUUAUCCAUUAAAUAACUGUAUAAUGUAGAAUAAUGUUUCAACAAUACUCUGUGUGUAUUCAUGUAUUCAAUAGAUUAAUAAUUAAAUCCAUUAUCUGAUCAACUUCUGCUUAUCACAUUAAUUUUAAAAUGUACUUUUGAAAUCUAUAAUAAUUCAUUUUUUUUUACAAGGAGCAUAGGCCUCUUGUAUAAUUUUUGUUGGUCCUAAAGAUGUUAACAUUUCUUUUUAAAACCCUUCAUCAGGUUUUACUGUCGCUUAUGAGACAUAAGGAAGUGUGGUCAAAAAUACUAUUAGUGUGGUCAAAUGAUGUUGUUGCGUUGGUUUUCAAUGAUUUUAAUGAUUUUAAUUUUAUAUCUUUCAACUUUCAUCAUUGUACAGUACCAGUCAAAAGUUUGUCCACACUUUAUCAUUCAAGGGUUUUUCUGUAUUUUACUAUUUUCUACAUUGUAGAAUAAUAAUAAUAGUGAAGACAUCAAAACAAUGAAAUAACACAUAUGGAAUAAUGUAGUAAGCAAAAUAUAUGUUCAAUUUUUCAAGGUAGCCACCCUGUGCCUUGAUGACAGCUUUGCA